GGAUUUUUUAACCUUUGAUUUAAAAGGCCAGGGUCAUUCACUUUUGGAAAAACAUUGACAUUUAAUUGAAAUUGAGAAAACACUUAUACUUUAAUAAAAAGAAAACCUAAUUGAUUUAUCUACCAAUUUAAGCAGACUUCCUGAUGGAAAUGUUGAAGUAAAGCCAUGACCCAGGCAUCGUCUUAGUAAGAUUUUACCACAGGAAAUUCAUGUCAGUCUCCAGUAUAAGUGGUGGCUGAAGAUGACAAUUUUUUCCUCAUAUGAAUCAUCAGAACUUAAAUUAUCAACAUUUUGAAUUCUUCGGUUUUCUUUAUUCUCUGAAAUUGAAGUAAAACCCUUGGAAUUUGGUCAUCUGCUUACAUGUCAGGUUGGUCAGGGGACAUUGAUUCCUCACUUGAAGAUCUAAAAAUAUAAGCUUCUUGCUUUUACUAACCUCUAAUCUAACUUUAGGACGAUGGUAGUUUUAGAUAUGUGGCAUAUUUCUGUCACAUUUACAGAUUUAUUGAAUACCAAUCUCGACCUUCAUUUUAAUAAAGUUACAAACAUAGAUAAACUAGGUGUCUCUCCUUUCCAAAAGGGGUACAUAUCGUUUUAGUGUGAAUUUUUCUUCUUCUUCCGGUUCUCGUACAAAGUUUGUCUGGGCCAUAACUUUUUUGUCUUUUGACAUGGGCCUUUCAUAUUUGUAUGUAGGUAUACCAUGAUAAGAAAGUGUGUUGCAUACCAUUUUUGAUGACCUUUGACCUUGACCUUUUAUGUAAAAGGUCAUUAGAAUUUUUGGGAUAUUUUAUAUUUGUCCAUUACAUACAUUGGUAUGUGGGUAUACCACGAUAAGACAGUGUGUCACGUGUCAUUUUUGAUGACCUUUGACCUAGCUUUCAUGUGAUGGUCGAUAAUAGAAUGAUUUUGGUAUUUUUAUUUUUAUUUUUUUGUCUUUUGACAUAGGCCUCUGAUAUUUAGUAUGCGGGUAUACCAUGAUAAGACUGUUUCAUGUGUCAUUUUUGAUUACCUUUGACUUUGACCUAUUAUAUAAAGGUCAAAUAAUAAAACCUGUGGGCUAGGCCUUUAAUAUUUGGUAUGUGGGUAUACCAUGAUAAGACAGUGUAUUGUGUGUCAUUUUUGCUUACUUUUGACCUUGACCUUUUAUGUAAAGGUCAAAUAAUAGAAUUUCUUGAGCUAGGCCUUUGAUACAUGUAUUUAGUAUGUUGGUGUACAAUGAUAAGACAGUGGGUAGUGUGUCAUUUUUUGUUGACCUUAACCUUUUAUGUAAAAGUCAAAUAAUAUACCUUAUGGAGCAAUUUUUUUGUCCGGACCCUUACUUUUUUUGUCUUUUGACUUAGGUCUUUGAUACUUGAUAUGUUGAUAAGUUUAAUUUUCUUGUUUGAAAUACAUAUUAAGCAAAUGUUACGUAACAUAAGUCUUAAUUUUGCACUUUACUAGAAUAAUUUUGUCUGUCCAUCAAUUUGUCUGAGUGCUUCUAGCUCCUGCAAAUGAAGUUUAUCAUGCUGUCUGCAUGUCGAUUGACAUUUGUAUCCUUAAAAUAUCUCUUUUUAUUUAAACUUUCUCUGCCUCUUUUCUGUCCAACUACUCAUAACAUGUGUUUCAUAGAACAUACACCCUAGUUUUGGCAUAAAAAGGAAAUUGGUAUGUGGUAAACUUAUUAACUAGAAGAGACAUCAUUCUGAACCACAACUGAAAUGGCUCAAGAGAGCACUUAAUGGGGCAAAUAUGGUAGUGUUUAUUAUUAGGAUCAGUUCCAUAAAGUGUAGGUUAGGAAUAGUAGGUCUUCCGUAUUUCACACAUCCUUAAGUGGAGGGUUAUCACUUGCAGUGUACUACAGAACAAUGUCAUACUAUUGAGUUAAUGUGUUGGUAUGAGCUUUAUGACAUGAGGUCUAUGUAGAGUUAAGAUGUACUAAAUUGGAUUAGAAACUUGCUUAGGACAUGGAUACUCACCUGGUAAUGAAUGUGCAGUAUUGUAUUGUUUUGUAAUAGGUUUUUAAAAAAAUAUAAUGAUGGCAUGUUUUGUAAAUUGUAUUGUAUUAUACCUAAAUUGAAUAGUUUAAAACAAAUGUUGUCAGGCUGAAACUACAGGCUUUAACGUAUCAUGAUGUGCAUGCUGAGCACAAGAGUGUAACAGCUGAUUAAUGAUGUAUCUAGUUAUCAACUGACAAGUUAUUAAGAAUGAUAUACCUUUUGUCCAAUGUAUCCCGUGAAUAUGACAAUGACCAUGCAAUCACAUAGAAAUGUGCAAGAUGUGUGAUCAGAAAUCCUGUUCAGUAAUGUUGAGGUCACCAUGUCAAAACAGAUUUUGAAUUGGACUGCCUUGGUAUAUAAAGGUCGUUUCAAGUGAUUCCUAAUAGUGAAACAAAUACAGUGGUUUCUUGUGGGUUUUAUGCAUGCGUUGUCCUGGCAUUGACGACAGCAUGCUGUUGUCUUUUUCUCGAGAUGUUCCUUCCUGGAAGGAAAUAGCUGGAUGGGAGGAAAUCAUUGUUUUGUUGAUGUCGGAGUCUAGCUCUCCCUCAAAAACCCCUGAGGAUGAGGGGUCCAAAUCAUGGGAGGAGUGGCAAGUAAGUAACCAGUUGCAUGCUUAUGUAGCAUGGGUAAACUCACAGUUAAAGAAGAAGCCAGGUGUUCGGCAGAUUGAGGACCUCAGGAAUGAUAUGAGGGAUGGAGUAGCGAUUGCAGAACUGAUUGAAAUUGUCUCUGGUGAACAUCUGAGUGGAAUACACUAUUGUCCUUCAACAUCAGCAGAAAUGAAAGAGAAUGUUGAUAAAGUGUUACAGUACAUGGCUGCAAAUCAUAUUCGCAUGCACCAUACCAACUCUAAAGACAUUGUGGAGGGUAAGUUGAAAAGCAUUAUGCGACUGAUUUUAGCCUUGGCUGCUCAUUUUAAACCCCAGUGUGUCAAACAUUCAACUCACCAAAGAAGGCAAUCAGGAUCUGCAAUGACAGGUCUCGUUCAGGGAGCAUCUGCAGCUUUGACCGAGGCCCGCAGAAAUGCUGCAAAGGCUGGUAAUAGCUUUAGACGAAACCGACCACCAACCAACUAUACUGAUCGGCGAAAAACCUAUCAUGGCAGUAGUUCAGACCAGUUCAGUGAUUCAGACCAAAGUUUUGGGGACCAAAGAAAAUCUUUUCUGGGCAGGGAUGAGGGAGAUGGAGCCAGUGCUGACAAAAGUCCUGUUCCCAGUGCUCACGUACCUAGUUCCUUGACUCAGCAUCCUGCAGCAAGGGGCAUAUCACUCUCCAAAAGUCAUUCCUCAGAUCACAUAUCAGGUGUGGUAAAAAAAGCAAAGGAUAGUGGGACAGAAUUAGAAGAUUCUGGAUCACACUAUGUUGAGCGCUCACAUUUUGAUGACUUGCUUUCUGAAUAUGUAGAUGUUUAUGAAGAUAUGAAACUUACCAAAGAUGAUUUGCUCAAAUUACAAGACUUGCUACUGUGUGGAGAGCCACCCGAUGGUGAUGAAGGAGAUAAAUCUGUUAUAGUGGGGUCUAGUCCAGAGGAACAAAUUGCAAUAUUAAAGAGCCAGGUACUGCAGUCUACAAUACUACAGAAUGAUUUACGGGAAGAUUUGUCUCGAACAAAGAAUGAGUGUAUGUUACUGCAAGGAAAUAAGGGAGGAUUACAACAAAGAUUAACAGAACAGGAUGAAACAAUCAGUCAGCUGAAGCAGGAAAUAUUAAGAAGGGAUUUUGACAAACAGAAUUCUGAAUUAGAAAAGAUCGAAUUGAGAAAGAAUGUACAAGAAAAAGACAAAACCAUAUUAGAUCUGAAAAAAGACAUGGCCCGGAGAGACCAGAGGAUUGAUCAACUUCAGAAUGAGUUACAGAUGCAGAUCCAGGAAAAGGAGUCUAUCACCAGAGCACUGAAGCUGCAAAUCUCGGAGUUACACGACCGACUGAGGGUUGUAGGGGAACACGGGGCGAACUUGAAGGCAAGAGUAGCAGUACAAGACAAACGAAUGGCAAAAUUGGAGGGAAAGAUUUUAUCAUCGUCUGAUAGAGAUUCCUCAGUUUCUUCACAGGGAAGUGUGGAUGACGUACAAGUUGUGAAGGACUCUUUGAAUAGUUUACGAGUCUGCUUUAAGGGAGGGGAUUCACAACUUCAUACCCUGGACACCUUAGAACAAAGUGUUUCUGUCCUGCUGGAGAAAAACCAGCUCAAUAAUAGUGCAUCAAGUAACGGAAGUUAUCAGAAUUCAUACUCCAGCAAUUUAUCACGGAGAAUCAAUUUCGACUCGACGGGUGAUGUGAGGCGAUCGCCUAUCACAGCUAUACCAGGUAGUACAAGUUUCUCUGUCAAUCAGUUAGAUGGACCACCAAAUGGAAGUGUUAGUAAAAAUCAAAACUCCACAAAAGUAUUGUACUUCACUGACAAGACUGUCAAUCCAUGCAUGUGUACAAUCCCUAAAAGACUUGGGGAGAUAACUCUGAAAGACUUCAAACAAAUCCAUGAUAAAAAGUCUGGAAACUACCGUUAUUCCUUCAAAGCUUUGGAUCCUGAGUUUGGAACAGUUAAGGAGGAAGUGAUGAAUGAUGAUGACAUCAUUCCAGGAUGGGAGGGCAAAAUUGUGGCCUGGAUUGAAGAAGACACUGGAUAGCAUUUAGAAAUAACUGGAAAAUAUAUUGGCUUGCCUGUUCUAUGUGAUACCUCAUUCUCCUCCUUCCUGCCCUUAUUUGUUGAUAUUUUGAAUUUGUUAUGUGUAUUGGACUGUCAAGCAAACAGUGCUCUUGAACCUGGCUCAGCAAGUUAUUUAUUUCUUUAUCAUUUGAAAGUCAUUUGUGUUCCUUGGUUUCUGAGAUGAGUGCUUCCCAAAAGUAAGGUGAACAAUGAUUCAAAAAGAUCUUAACUCAAAGUUUUUGUGUAUAUUUACAGUAGUAGAUCUGAUAAGUACUAUUUCCACAAGCAGGGUGUAUAUACUUAUUUUGAUGAUAAUUUGAGUAUCAUGUUUUCAUUUCCAAUAUUAUAUGUGAUACUUGUACAUUAGAAUGUGGAUUUCAGAAAUACAUGACAUACAAAAGGGCAGUGAUAUUUAUUUUUUGCGGGUAUUAGACAUGUGUGUAGUUAUGUCUUUUUUGUGCAAUAAUUAUUUUGGCUUAAGUCUGUGCAGCGGCAGUGUAUAAAUAUUUUUGCUGAUAUGAAUGACUGGUCAUGUUUUACAAUUUUCCUUGUAACUUCACCGUUUAUAGUCUUUAUGUGCCAGAGAAAAAAAACCCAAACAACUUGAUUUGUCUCUCAACAUACAUGUACUUGCAGGUUUUCAUGGUUCACUUUUCAUACCCAGAUAUUUAUUUCACUGUGACUUUCUGUUGUUAUUUUCUAUUCUAUAUGGAUCUGUGAUAAUUCUAUACUUGCAUACUCAUCAUACUACUUAUUUAUGUCUUUAUCUUUUUUUCAUGGGGUUUACUUAAAAUCUAUGAAUACAUGUCUAGACAGUCACAGGUAAAACACCGGUACACAUACAUUAUGUUGCUUUAUGUCAAUAUAAUAUGAAAGUGUUUAGUGUUAUUUAGAUAGUUGCUGGAACAACAUAAACAUGCUGUUAACAGGAUCAUUUAAUUCAAAAUAUACUGGUUAUCUUUGGAAUACAGACCCAGUUGAUUUAACCAAGGAUAAAGUGAAUCAGUAUGGUUGAUGAACAAAGUAAUGAAUUUGGCAGAAUUUUUCAAGUACUUGUAAUUUACACAUUGAUUAGAAAAGUUCUAGUAUUAGGAUGAUGCCAAAAUUUACCCAUCACAUUCCAUUUGUGAGACUUAUAACUAGUUUUGAGAAUUUAGUUCUAAGUCUAACAAGUCCUUUUAAUCAUGCUAUGAUAUUCCAGGCUGACCAUCUUCCUAGCAACUGGUAAAUACAUGUUUUCCUCUUUAAAAUAAUUCCUAGUGAACUGAUGGAGUAGUGUAUAUUUAAACUUGUGUCAUGGUUUGUUUAUAAUUUAUGUUUAACCAAUCUAGUCCCAUUCAUUGUUGUAUUAUGCUUAUUUUAUUCAUCAGGGAUUCCAACAUUCCUUGUAGGGGGGAAAUAUUAAGUACAAUGUGACAUUCCUAUUCAAAAUUAAAAAAAAAUAUCACCUUUGAUUUUUUACAUAUUCAAGAAGUUCAGUUUGUUUAUAUAUAUAUUUAGGUCACUCAGGUGACCUAUUGCUAUCUGUUUUUGUGCGUCGUGUAAAGGUCAUAAACUUUUAAAUAUUUUUAGCUUCUUCUCUGGAAUGGCUGUGCCAAUUUUGGUACCGGUAUAUAACAUCGUUGGGUCAAGGGGAACAAAAAUUUUCUUGGGUCUGAGAAGUGUGGCCAAAACUAUUAAGAUUUAUCUUCAAAAAUCUUUGUCUUUACUCCUGGAAAUUAUGAUGAGGAAUGAGCUCUUUUGCCCCAGGGUUGGGCUAAGUUGGUCAUAUAUUGAAAAUGCAUUAUAUCUUUGAAAAUAUUCUUUACUUCUGGAAAUCAAGCAAUCAAACUGUUUACCUCAUUAUAAUAGGGAUCCUCAAUUCAUAACCCCUGAGUUCAGGGUUCAGACCCUAGGGAGGGGCUAAAUUGGUUGUAUAAUAAUGAUUAUAGUAAGCAAUGAGCUUUUUACCAAAUUUGUGAAAUUCAUGACCCCUGGAUUCGGAGUUCAUGCCUCAGGGUUGGGCUAAGUUUGACAUAUAAUGAAAAUGCAUUAUAUCUUAGAAAAUUUUGUUUACUUCUGGACAUGAAGGAAGCAAAAUGUUUACCUCAUUAUAAUAGGGAUCCUCAAUUCAUAACCCCUGAGUGCAGGGUUCAGACCCUAGGGUGGGGCUAAAUUGGUUGUAUACCCGGUAAUAAAAAUGCAUUGUAUCUUAGAAAAUUUUCUUUGCUUCUGGACAUCUAGGAAGCAAAAUGUUUGCAUGAUUAUUAUGCCAUGGGCAUUUUGAUAGUCCUCUACCAAAUUUGUGAAAACCAUGACCUUGGGGUUCAGAUAACUGGGAGGGGCCAGAUUGGGGGGGGGGGGGUGUAAAACAAUGGUUUCUAAAGACCAAAAAAUGUGCAUACUCGAGUGACCAUUAAAGCCCAUGGGUCUUUUGGGUUUGUUUUUUUUCUUCAUGUUUGUUUCCAGUUCAAUUACCUUUGUUUUACUUUGUAUAUCAUUGUCUCAAAACUAAAUUGUUUCCUUUUAAUUUGUAAAAACGGUGAUGUCCUUCCCAGAUAGGAGACAUUCUAUAUAUAUUUACAUUAUUUUGUAUGUUGUACAGUAUCUCGCAGUAUUAUUGCAUCUACACAAUUUUAUGCAGACAUGAUUGCCUUGAAAAUGAUUUUACUGCCUCACAAUCCAGUAAGGUUUGAAUGUGUAAAGACAAAUAGGUUGUUUUUUCACAUUUGUGAAUAAAUGUGGAAAAAAGUU